CGCGGAUGAAACGAAACGGCGAGCGAGUCGAUUGCGCUACUCGUCUUUGACUUCGGGAUUCGCGCUUAACCACGUACCCGUCUCAGAUUAUCACCUGAUCUCUCUCUCCAUCCUCCCCUCGCCAGCAUCGCCAUCACACGCCCUGCCCUGGCCGCCUCGCCGCCUCCUCACACGCCGCACUCGCUCAACACCGUGACGCCGGCACUGCGCGUCGCCCUUCGCACAGACUGCGCCACAUCGUCACCCUUACCGAAUUUUGAGCCCCACUCCAUUCCAACGGGACUCACAUUGCUGUCCAUCAGCUCGAACAAGCGCCCUCUCUCGCACAAUGGCACCCCAACCACCCCAACGCCAGCCCAGACCACGCAAGGAGGCCGUCACCCUCCCCGUCUGGAUCCCCUUCACCCUCCUCUUUCUAUGCCUCCUCGCCGUCGCCAUCUUUACCAUCAACCCGGUGGAGACGGCGCGCGAGUUUGCCCGCUUUUCAGAAUGGGAGCCGCGCGCCCAGCGUGCCGUUGCUGCCGCCCUCAUCCUCCCCGUCAUCGCGCUCAUAGGCCUGCUGUUCAAGCGCAUCCUAAUCAUACGGCCGGGCGGCAGCGCAUGGACGCCCCCGCCGCAGCGCAAGCUCGGCGAGCGCGUCUCCCUCGGCGUCUUCCUGGGUUCGGGGGGACACACCGCUGAGAUGCGCGCUCUCAUGCAAGGCGUGGAUAGGAGACGGUACAGUCCCAGGGUGUACGUCUACUGCCACGGGGACGAGAUGAGCCUGCGCGCUGUCGCCGACAUCGAGGGCGGCGAAGAGAAGCAAGGCAAGGCCGGCGGGUACAGUCUCGUCGCUCUCCCACGCGCCCGCAAGGUCGGGCAGGGACGUAUCUCCUCCGUCUUCUCCGUCUUGAGGACUGCCGUGCACGUCCUGCUCCACACCUUCCUCCUUCCUCUCGCCGACGCUCCCCUAAGCCCAUGGGUUGACGUUCUAAUCGUCAAUGGCCCUGGCACCGCCGUCGUCCUCGUCGCCGUGGCUUACAUCCGUCGCAUCUUUGGCUUGCCCCACACCCGGAUUGUGUACGUCGAGUCGUUUGCGCGCGUACGCUCUCUUUCUCUGUCAGGCAAGAUCCUGCGCAGCUUUGUGGACACCUUCGUUGUCCAGUGGCCGCAGGCCGCCGGGGACGAGCUCUUGGCCAUUGAUGAGGAUGUUGUCGAGACGCCCAAGGGAAUCAGCGAUGAGCCGACGCAAGAGGAACUCAGGCGCGUACUCGAUGAGAAGGAAACUGGGUGCGUUUACAGAGGUUGGCUCGUGUAGCGCCCGUUGAAGGAGUCGGACUCGUCUGCAUAACUCAGCAUUACCAUCAACUGCAUGCCCAUGUAUCGUUCUUAUGCAUCCUGUACCGCUAGGUCUGUUCACC